GUGUACUAUAUAUCGCUGUCUAUAUCAUUCUAAUUUAUCCACCAGUUCUCUGAUGUCCUCUGGCCCGUAGAGAUUGUUGUCCAACCAUAUAUGAUGAUGAUCAGCCUGUUGUGAGCGGAAAGCCAAAAUGCAGAAAAGACCAGACAAGUUGCUUAAGACCGCGGAACAGUGACUUCAAACUUCGGGUCCAGGAAUGUACUCAACGUAAGUACACCGGGGUGACCGGGCAGCAAUUCAAAGAGCCGAGAAUUCGGAGAAAGAGGUGUUUCCGACUACAUCACGUGGGUCCAAAAAACGACAUCGAACUUGCGUCUUGGAUUUCAACGUACCUACGACGACAUUCAAAAGUGCCAGCUGUUAUUAUGGGACAAUCAAUAUCCUCACAACCUUCUACGACAACAACCUCUCCACCGUCAUCGUGCCCAAUGCAUAACGCGCCCAGCACUGGCUGUCCAAUCCAGCACAACAACACACCUACUGCAAAAUCCUCGGGGGGAUGCCCAAUCGAUCACUCUUCACUUGACACGCUGAAUCCCACCAAUCAGAUGCCCAACCUCCCUCAGACUCCCAUAUACCCGCAAGAUGUACCAUUACCAACUGAGCGCACCAUGUCAUCUAUACCGCGUGUGGUGGACGGUGAAACGGCAACUGGCACGCGCCAAACGUGGGAGUACCCAUCCCCUCAGCAGUUCUAUAACGCAUUAGUGAGGAAAGGUAUGGAUACGCCCGCUGAGCAUGUCGAGACGGUGGUGGAAAUACACAAUUUCUUGAAUGAGAGAGCUUGGGGAGAGGUGUUGAAGUGGGAGAAGAGGGCUGCACGGGAUGGUGACGAGGAACCGCAUCUUGCUCGCUUUAAGGGACGUCCAGGCGAGAUGUCGCCAAAGGCAAGGUUCUGGAUGCUUGCUGGCUGGUUACUUCCCUCUAGAUUCAAUACUGAGCCUCCAUUCGAUCGCCAUGAUUGGAUAGUACGGCGUCCGCGUGAUGGAACAGAGGUUCGCUAUGUCAUUGACUACUACUCUGCACCGCCUACUGCUCACGGGGACCCCGGUUUCGCGUUGGAUGUACGCCCUGCUCUUGACUCAUUUGAAAGCGUCCAACAGCGUGUGGCAGUGGGUAUGGACGACGUAUGGGAGGAGCUUCGCGAGAGAGGGUGGGGAAAGAGUGAGCGCGGAGGUACGCAACAGGCAAGGUCGUAGGAGGUCAUGGAGCAUGCGCGCUCUACUUCAACACUAGUCACGACUCACCCCACUCUCAAUAUUAAUUACGCUUUGACUACGCUACUGGAUAUUUCUCGUGUUAUAGACGCUGGAUGACCUAGUGGGUGCAUAUGUUUCUUUAUUGGUCUCGAUCAAAACAUAUACAAGCUGAAAUGCCCGCGGAGGUAUUUCGUUGAAUUCGGUGACGUCUAUCAGACU